UCCUGCUACUGCUCUCCUUUUCUUUCGCGUCCCGCUUCGGUGCGGCGAGCGCGCAGCCGAGAAUGGAGCCGCUGCCGCCGCCGCCACCACCACCAUCCGGAGCCCCGCCGCUCUCCGCGGAGCCCCUGCGCGCCGCUUGGGCAUCGCCCCGCCCGCGGUGACCUGGUCCUGCCGGGACGCGCAAGGCGCGCGGGUGGCCGCCCCCGGCGCCUGGUCGGCCGGCGCGCUCUGCCUUCUCGCUCUCGCUGCGCAAAGGCGCCCGGCUCGGCGGGGGCGCGCGCUUGAGCCUCUCGCUCCUUGGAGAGCUCCUGUGAGGCGGCGAGGGGGCAGACUUUCCUCCUCUGCCGACCCAGCGGCUGGAAACAACUUUGGGGGCGAAAGCGGGGUGUCGGGGAUCUUUUCUCUCUCCGCUUGGAAGCUCCUUUCCCGUUUCUUUUUGGCGCUGCCCGGCGCGCUCUUCUUUCCCGGCUCGGCUCUCCGCCUUUCUUGGGUUUUUCGCCUUCCUUGCAUGGAUGCACCAUGGCCACCGCAACGCUGGUUUGCAGGGUGCAGUUCCUCGACGACACCGACCCUUUCAACAGCACCAAUUUCCCCGAGCCCACCAGGCCGCCGCUCUACACUUUCCGGGAGGAUAUCCCCCUGGGCACCCAGUUGGCCGGGGUGCACCGCCUGCUUAGAGCCCCGCAAAAGCUUGAUGACUGCACAUUGCAGCUGUCUCACAAUGGUACCUACUUGGAUUUGGAGUCUACCUUAGCAGAACAAAAGGAUGAAUUGGAAGGUUUUCAGGAGGAUUCUGGCAGGGGCAAGAAGCACAGUGUCAUUUUGAGGACCCAGCUUUCAGUCAGAGUCCAUGCCUGCAUUGAAAAGCUCUACAAUUCAAAUGGACGGGAGCUGAGGCGGGCCCUCUUCUCCUUGAAACAAAUAUUUCAAGAUGACAAGGAUUUGGUUCAUGAAUUUGUUGUGGCAGAGGGCCUGACCUGUUUAAUAAAAGUGGGCGCUGAGGCGGACCAGAACUACCAGAAUUACAUCUUGAGAGCACUGGGGCAAAUUAUGCUAUAUGUAGAUGGGAUGAAUGGCGUAAUCAAUCAUAAUGAAACAAUCCAGUGGCUGUACACUCUCAUUGGGUCAAAGUUUCGUCUGGUUGUAAAGACAGCACUGAAGUUGCUCCUUGUUUUUGUGGAAUACACGGAAUCCAAUGCACCGCUUCUGAUCCAAGCAGUGUCCAUCGUAGAUGACAAGAGAGGUCUCAAGCUAUGGUCCAAUGUUAUGGAGAUCCUGGAAGAAAAGGAUGGGGUUGACACAGAACUUCUAGUUUACGCAAUGACUUUAGUGAACAAGACACUGUCUGGCUUGCCGGACCAGGAUUCCUUCUACGAUGUUGUUGACUGUCUGGAAGAACUGGGGAUAGAAGGCAUCUCCCAGAGACAUUUGAAUAAGAAAGGAGCAGACUUGGACUUAAUAGAGCAGUUCAACAUUUAUGAGAUGACCCUGAGGCAUGAGGAUGGCGAUAACAAUGGGGAGCCCCCUCCCAGUGGCUGCAGAGAUCGGAGAAGAUCCAGCUUUGGCUGCAAUGAACGAAGGGGGCUGGAACGGAGGAGGAGCCGGAGGCAUUCUGUCCAGAGCGAGAAGAAGACAUUAUCUGCCCCUCCGAGCCCCUCUCCUCAAGCAAGCCUUGGGGGUAGCCAUGGGCAGGGCGUCGAAAGCCUCAGUGAGAAAGAGGAGGAGGAGGAGGAGGAGGAAGAGGAGCAACCAGUCACAGAACCUAAUUCAGAGGAGGAGGGGGAGGAAGAGUCCUCUAGGCAGGUCAAAACCAGAAGGCUUCCAGAAGGACAGGAGGUUGGACAUAGUUCACAGAGUUCUGAGACUUCAGCCGCCCCAGGUGUAUUUUCUCAGGACGAGAGGCUCCCCGUGGGCUUUAGGGCAGAGAAUUCACCCAGGAGCUCAUCAUUCCCUGUGCCUGAUCCAUUCGCUUCACGCCCUUGUUCUCUCCAUUCAUCACCCUCAUCUGUAUCCAUCAACUCUUCCCAGAAUUCAUCAUCUGUCACGACAAAGGCAUCCCCAACUGUCGAUAAAUUACCUUACGUCCCACACAGUCCCUUCCAUCUGUUCUCCUACGAUCUUGAAGCACCUCCAGCAGCUGUUAAAGAGAAGGAAACAGAAGGGGUUAGGGAACACAGUCCUUCUGAAAACCUGCCUGUGAACAAAUUUUCUGACUCCUUCGAUCCUUUUAAUUUCCACUCUUUGUCUUCUCUUAGGUACAGUGGCUACAGCAACAACUCCUGUUCUUCCACAUUACCUCAUUCUGGAUUAAGUACACCUACAACACCCAGUUCUCGUCAUGCUGCAUCGCCACCCGAAGAGGCCAAAAUUGAGAGGCCGUCUUUGGGUGGUCUACUUACAUCGUCGUAUCGGCAGCACCAAGAGUCUUUGGCAGCGGAAAGAGAGAGGCGGCGUCAGGAGAGGGAGGAGAGGCUGCAAAGGAUAGAGCGGGAAGAAAGAAACAAGUUCAAUCGUAAUUAUCUAGACAAAAGAGAGGAGCUAAGACAAGCAAGAGAAGAGAGAUACAAAUACUUGGAGAAAUUGGCAGCUGAAGAGUAUGAGAAGGAGCUGAGAAGUCGGAGUUUAUGUAGGGGCAAGAGUGACUUGUCCUUGAACUUGAGCUCUUCUUCAGUCCCAACCUCUCCCAUCCCGACAUCUGCUAGCCCCACUUCAACAGAUUCUCAGGAGGAGCCAAAGUCCCCUGUGACAACUCGCAGGGCAUCUCAGAUCUCAGAAGUGAGUGCCAGUGAACCUGAAUGUGAAGCAGAACCUGAGGCAGAGGCAGAAACAAAAACAGAGCAGGAAGACGAGGCAGACUUGGAGCAGGGGGCAGAAACGCCCCGAGAAGUAGAGGUUGCAGAGGUGGAGCCAGGAAGCGGAGUGGAGCAAGGUCCAGAGCCAGAGGCAGAAGAAGGUGCAAUACUAAGUGAAAAGGAGAGGCAGAAUGAAGAAGUGAAUGAAAAAGACAAUUGUUCUGCAUCCAGCAUAUCCUCAGCAAGCAGCACUUUAGAGAGGGAGGAAAGGGAGGAAAAGUUGGCCAGUGACAAUGAAACUGGUCCAUGGUUACAGACCAUUCAAGAUGUUGGUGUGAAUGACCAGUGCGGCAACAUUCUCAAUAACAAGCGGUUCAUGUUGGACAUGUUGUAUGCCCAUAACAAGAAGCCCAAGGAUGAAGAAGAUAAAGAGCUGGAGGAGAAGGAGGAGGAAAAGGUGGUGGUGGAGGCAAGUGAAGACUCCAUCACUAGCCUGGCCAGCAGGAUCUCAGUUCUGAAGGCUACCAAACAGGCCAAAGAUGAAAGUAUCAAAAGAAUGGAGAUUGGGAAUUUGGACAACCAGGGCAGCGUCAAGGCCUUUGCAGAAAGAUUCAACAAUGGUGAACUGGCCAAGACCUCAAACUUUCCUGAGAGUGAUUUUAGUGAAAAGGUCUCUGAAAUAACACCAGUGCAGCCUAAGAACGAAUCGGACUAUAUUUGGGACCAGCUCAUGGCCAAUCCCAGAGAACUGAAAAUCAAAGAUAUGGAUUUUACAGAUUUAAGGGAUGAGGAUGAUGUGGACAUCUUGGACGUGGAAAUGGGUCCUGGUGACUCUUUAGCUCCCCCUCCUCCACCCCCGCCUUCCUUUUUAGGUUUGCCUCCUCCACCCCCUCCCUUGUUUUAUGGAUGUCCUCCUCCACCCCCACCCUCUGGUAAUUUAUUGGCACCCCCGUCCCCCUUUGGCAUUCCUCAGGGUUUAGGAUCGCCCCCGCUCCCCAGAGGUCAGCCAGCCUUUCUAAAAAAGAAAAAAACAAUCCGUCUAUUUUGGAAUGAGGUGAGGCCAAUUGAGUGGCAGUGCAAGAACAACAAACGUUGCAAAGGAUUCCUGUGGUCAAAACUGGAGCCUAUUAAGGUGGACACUUCCAAACUAGAGCACCUCUUCGAAUCUAAAUCCAAGGAGCUUCCUGUCACCAAGAAAACUGCUGCCGACGGCAAGAGGCAGGAAAUCAUUGUGUUGGAUUCCAAGAGGAGCAACGCUAUCAAUAUUGGCCUGACGGUGCUGCCCCCUCCAAGGACGAUCAAGACUGCCAUUUUGAACUUUGAUGAAUAUGCCUUAAACAAGGAAGGAAUAGAGAAAAUUCUCACAAUGAUCCCCACAGAAGAGGAGAAGCAGAAAAUUCAGGAGGCUCAGCUAGCCAACCCUGAUAUUCCUCUGGGCAGUGCUGAGCAAUUCCUUCUGACUCUUUCUUCCAUCACUGAACUUUCUCCUAGACUUCAGCUCUGGGCAUUCAAAAUGGAUUAUGAGCUUGUGGAAAAGGAGGUUGCAGAACCACUUUUGGAUUUGAAGGAAGGAAUGGACCAGCUUGAAAACAACAAAACUUUGGGGUUUAUCCUUUCUACUCUACUAGCCAUUGGAAAUUUUCUCAAUGGAACCAAUGCCAAAGCCUUUGAACUGAGCUACCUCGAAAAAGUUCCAGAAGUCAAGGACACAGUGCACAAGCAGUCUCUCCUGCAUCACGUCUGUACGAUAGUGGUGGAAAAAUUCCCAGACAGCACAGACCUUUAUUCUGAGAUUGGGGCCAUCACGAGGUCAGCCAAGGUUGACUUUGAACAACUUCGGGACAACUUAUGUCAAAUGGAGAAACGGUGCAAAGCAUCAUGGGAUCACCUGAAGGCCAUAGCAAAGCAUGAAAUGAAACCAACUCUAAAGCAAAAGAUGUCUGAGUUCCUUAAAGACUGUGCAGAAAGAAUUAUAAUUUUAAAAAUCGUCCAUAGAAGAAUAAUUAACAGGUUCCACUCCUUCUUGUUAUUUAUGGGAUACCCUCCUUACGCAAUCCGCGAAGUCAACAUCAAUAAGUUCUGCAAAAUAAUUAGUGAGUUUGCCCUGGAAUAUCGCACCACGAGGGAGCGCGUUUUGCAGCAGAAGCAGAAACGAGCCAACCACAGAGAAAGGAACAAAACCAGAGGGAAAAUGAUCACGGAUGUAAGUGGCGAAGUAAAAUCUCAAUCAGCAAAAACUGGGAAAUUCUGCAGCAGCAGCAGCUCUCCUCCACCUCAGAACCAACCGCAGGGGCUACAAUAUGCGGAAGAUGCAGUGGAACAUGAGAAUAUGAAGGCUGUCCUGAAGACUUCCUCCCCAAGUGGGGAGAACACCACCGUGUUAGGAGUGCGCACUCGAAGUCGGGCAAGUCGAGGUCGCGUUGGCUCGUGGAACGCUGGGAAUGAUGAUUCACCUAAUGCUACAGAUGAUGCAGCAGACGAGAUCAUGGAUCGCAUUGUCAAGUCUGCCACACAAGUGCCAAGUCAGCGAGCAGUGCCUAGAGAAAGGAAGCGGUCAAGAGCAAACAGGAAGUCAUUAAGGAGGACACUUAAGAGCGGACUGACACCAGAAGAAGCCAAAGCACUGGGUCUGAUGGGCACUUCAGAGAUGCAGGUGUGAUAACGGCAUCCAUAUCAACUCCAAGAAGAGUCAUCGUCAUAUACAAGCACAGCCACACAGGCUGCCAACAGUCUUUCAGUUUAGCAUUCUCCCGUCAGGUCCAUUUGCUGCUUUCCCCAUCAUCUUUUAGAUUCAUUUUCAUAAUACUGAAGCUGGCAGAAAAAAGUAGGCAACACAAAGGGCUAAAAUAAAAAAGUGUGUAACAGAACCAGUAAAAUUAAGUCAGGGCUGUGGGGGAAGAGGUGACGUGGAAAUUGCCUAAUGCUGUUCUGUCUUGUUCAUGCUGCAUUGAUGUGGUCUUUAAGAAGGCUUUAUGUAUUUUGUAUUUUGUGAAAGGUGUUUAUGUUCAUUUUCCUCGUGACCUUUUGUAAUAAUUGUAAAGUACUCUAUUUUGUCAGUUCGAGGGCAGUUCUUUAAAUAGGCAAACUAACUUCUGUCACAGUUGCUAUGGCCUCUCUGAAGACAAUGUUGUUAAAUAGAAACAUGCCAUGGAUUUUUAACUUUCCACCAAAGAAUGUAAAAAUGUAUGUCUACUUGUGUAUAUACAGAGUAUGUGUGUGCAUGUGUGCGUGCACACGCAAUGUGCGCAUGCACGUGCGCACGCACACACACGCCUACCGAGUCCAGGUGCCUUCAACUUUCAAGCAUCCUUUCCUGCAUGAAGGGAAAUCCUUUUUACAGGAACUCAUUCCACUAGGACAUUUUUAUACCGGGACCUCUCACAAACAUGUACAUGCACAUUCAACAUAAUAGCACAGGUGCACAGGGAUAGCACAGAGUACCUCUUGUCACUCAGCUGUAGAGAUGUAUAUAUAAAUUAUAGCAGUAUGCCAGCAACUAGCCGGAGACAAAAGAGGAUUGGCUGUCAAUGUCAAGUAGGAGUUUCGUGCACACGCGUGGGCUGGUUAGGCUAUUUUCUUAAUCUAAUGUAGCAAAGUAUAACUGUGUCAAGCCCACUGGGAUGAAUUAUACAAAGGUCCUGCUAUACUCCUUUCCAGUUACAUUUUCAACAACACCACAAACCAUGAAAACACACAAGAGAACGCAAAACAACAGGGAAUAGAGACAGUUUCCUCCUUGCACAUGGAAACUGCCCCCCAUCCCCCAAAUUAUGAGGAUAUUUUAACAUCCAGAGACUUCCUUUCCGAAGUGCACAGAAUGUAGUUUAAAGAAUGUAUUUGAGAGAGGUUUCUUCUGCUUAUUUCCAUGGCUUUCAUGGAGCAGCUCUUUAGAAAUCUUGGAAAUAUUCAAGAAUCAAACACAUUCAGUGUUUCCCCUUUUCUUGAAGACUGGUAUGAAAGGGAACUUUUUACACUUAAACAUACCUCUUAAGCUAGUGGUACUAAAGAAGGCAUAACGAUUGCAUCACUGUUACCAUGCCAGCCAAUUGCUCAACACUUGAAAAACAAACUUGAUAGAAAGUUGUACAUCAUUCUGGCGGAUUCCAGUCACAGCCUUUACGUGGAAAGCCAAAUACUGGCCAUACAACUAUAAGAAGAGAGUGUGAGAAAUUCCAUCUGUACGUUGCUUCUCUCACUCAACUGCUGGAUUUUGUCCCAUGAGUUACUGUUGCUAUUAAUUUUGACCUAGCCCCUCUAAGGGGAUGUUUGUCUCUUGUAACAGCUACCGUAGGGCUCCUGGAUAAUGUGUACUCCCUUAAUUUUGACAUACUGUUUAUUUAGUGAUUCUGCAAUGAUAUGGAAGGGCUUUUUUUAAAUAAACCCAGUCAGUGUGCAUUUUUGACUAAAGAGGGAAGGGCUUGGCCAGUAAACUGAAGGAAAUUGAAUGUAUUUAAUCAAUAUUUCAUUUAUUUCAGGAGAAUGAGGUUAGUCUCUGGCAGAGGGGUUCCUAAAAUCCUUGCUUUCAAAAGCAUACCCCCCCACCUCCUAUAUCAAAGGAUCUUCUUCCAUAAUAAAGUAGUAAGUUAUUGCAAAUUUCCAAAAUGAUAUGUUUUGAGAAAUGACCUGAAACGCAGCUGGUGAGCUGGUUGAAAUGCUCAGGCACAAAAACAAUAAUCUAUGUUUACAAU